AUGGCUAGUUCACCGCAGGUUAGGGCUUCCAGCGCCAGCUCCACGCUCGCCGCUUCGGGAAGAAGGAGAGACCUGUGCAGCCGGGAAGGUGAGCGGCGGCCCACUCCUUCCUUCCCUUCAGCUCCGGCUGCCGGGGAAAGCGGCGUCCGGCGGGGGAGGGUGUCAGGCAGGGAGGAUCCCUCGGAAUCCCGGCUCUCUCCUCAGCAGGAGGCGUCUGUCACAGCGCUCUGCCCCCAGGCAGGGAAUCCGCUCCUCCUGCCCGCCGCGCCCCUCCCCCCGGCUCCUGCCCCGGCCCCGCCGCAGGUGCAGCGCCCCAGCCAAGUUCGCACUCACCGCGGGCUGCGGAGGGGGCGCGGGCUGCCCCGACGCGCCGUUCGGGGGCCGGGAGGAGGCUGCGCUGCCGCGCUGCCCGCUGCGCUGGGCUGGGCUGCGCCGGCCGCCCCUCCGCCCGCCGACAGGCGCCCGAAGUUCCAGCCGCCGCCGCUGCUACCGCUGCUGCUGCCGCCGCCUCACACCGCGGUGCCGACCAGCCCCAUCUCCUUCCUGCCGGCGCUGCCGCUCGCUGCCGCCAUGACAGCGCGGAGCCCCCGGAGCGCCUGCGCGGGCCGGGCGCGGGCGGGGCCGGCGCGCGGGGCGGGAGCGGCGGGCUGCGCGAGCGCAGGUGGGACAGGUGAGCGCAGGUGCCACAGACUAAAGAAGACCCAGCUCCCACUGCCCCUCCUCGUAAGAGAUGCUCCAGACCACUCAUCACCUCUGUGGCCUCCGCUGGACCCUCUCCAGUAG